UGUGUGAAUAGGCCUUACGCACAUCAGGACCACGCAAUCCCCCCCUUCCUCAUUUGUUUGCUUGCCGGGGCUCCCCGCGGUGUAAGGCUACUCUGAUAGGUCUAGAGGGUUAAUGGGACUGGCCUGCAGGGCAGCAGCUUACUAGGAUAUAAAGCCACAGCUCUCAUCACGAUAGCACAAGAAGUAUCAAUAGAUGCGCUUUUACGCACAUUCGAGGGGCCUGUUGGUUUUUACGCACGGCAAACCAUUAAGGCCUCUUUGGCACAGUUGAGUUUUUACGCGUUUGUGAGAAAUCUUAGGUGUGACCAUGACUCUCUCAAGUGAAUUUGAAGCUUCACAACAUGCCGGAUUGCCUAUACAAGAGGAUGCGAUUGACAUAGUAGGCGAGGAUGUCCACUAUCGAAAUGAGUGCUCUACGGGUUCCUCAGCAGAAUCUGGUGCGGAAUUUGACUCUUCAGAACCAGAAUCGUCGGGGGAAAGCGAGAACAGUUUCUGCGCAGACGCACCGUCGUCAAGGAAAGCCCAGAGCAGCUUGGUAAAGCCCCCGUACUCCUACAUUGCUCUCAUCACCAUGGCUAUCCUGCAGAGCCCGCUGAAGAAGCUGACGCUUAGUGGCAUAUGUGACUUCAUUAGCAACAAGUUUCCCUACUACAGAGACAAGUUUCCCGCUUGGCAGAACUCGAUCAGGCACAACCUCUCCCUUAACGACUGUUUCAUCAAGAUUCCGAGGGAGCCCGGAAACCCGGGAAAGGGAAACUACUGGUCUCUGGACCCUGCUUCGGAGGACAUGUUCGACAACGGCAGUUUCCUUCGCCGGAGGAAACGGUUCAAGAGAAACCAGCCCGAGUUCGGCAAAGACGGACUGAUGUUUUAUUCCAGCUUGAACUGCUACCGGCCGUACGGACACCCAUAUAGCAUAACUGGCCAGGUAAGCCCCACGGCUGCCUCUUCUGUGCGUUACAUGCCCCUGCAGGAAAGCAUCGUGAUGCCUUCCUCUUCCUACCACCUCCUACCACAACCCCUGAACAGCCACGGAAAGUGCGUUGGGCCUAAAGACUUCAGAGCUCAGCUUUGCGCAGCAGAAUCAGCUGAGCCGAAGUCCGGCCCACAGGCAAAGUGCUCCUUCAGCAUCGACAGCAUCAUGAGCAGACCCUCUUCUAUCAGUCAGCACAACUCAAAUCCACAGCAAGGCCCGCACGGUGCUCUCGGUUACGGUCAACUCAUGCCUGGCCCUGCUGCCUGUUUGGUUCCGACCCUCUUGCAGCCUUCAAGGAAUCAGUUCUGCCCUCCUCCCAUCCUGAGCACUGCUCCUUUUAUAAACGAGCACCUCAGACUGUCGUACCCUCGUUGCUGAACCCUUUGAAAACACUUUACAGUGUCUGUAUGUUUGGCGUAGCUCAUUUCUUAAAGAAAUGUUUUUUUUACUGCAUGAUAUUUAUGUGCGUUAUGUCUGUAAAUAAGAUGUGUUGUAAUAUAUUUGUCAAGGUUGCUUC